AUGGAUUUGCCAAUUGAUUCCAUGGUAUCAAUUUUCAUACGUACGCUUUCAUAGAAGGCUAGAAGCUAUGAUAGACGUGAUAAUAUUGUAAACUUGAAUGUUUUUUUCAAUUGGAAAAGAAACCAUUGAGAAAUUUGGAAUGAAUCCUAACAACCCACAACACUUGAUGGGGAAUUAUCCUCCUCAUUACUUUCAUGUGAAUCCCGCAAGUUUGAAUUGGCAGUGGAAUCAAGCAAUGCCUGGUCCUUCUACAUUAAGAGGAAAUUUCAUCCAUGUAAAUCCAGCCUUUUUUCAAACAAAUGUGGCCCCACCCCCUGAAUUGCCAAACCCUAAAAGAAUAAUUGUCAACCCAAAGUUUUUCCCUAAUGUGCAACCCGAAAGGAACACUGGAACUUCAUCUGCUUCCCACGAAGUGAAAAAUUUGGAAAUAAUUCCUGCUGUGUUAAGAGAUCAGGCGCCAAAUUUGAACAGAGUGGUUAUUCAAGAAGAAACCAAGGAAAAAAAGCAACAAAUCAUGGCCUUGAACAGCCAUAACUCACAACCGAUUGCGCAGCACCAUAUGAAACCAAGCCCGAUUCGACACAUUUCUGAACGCCGUAAUUUGACAAAAAUGGAUUUCACAAAUCAACCAAUGAGAAGCAAAUAUAAAUGGCGGAAAAUGGAGAGCCCAUUGAAAGCAAUAGCUACCAAACAUGCCUACAAAUUGGUUCGAAAAUCAGUUGUGAAAUCUCCCAAAUUGGCUAGUUUGUCAACCCAUCGUGCGCAGUUUCAUGCAUCGAGACUUCUAACUCCUCCCAAAUUUACAAGUACACCAACUGAAACGCAGCCUCCAAUCAAUUCACGUUUCAAACUAGAUAACCGAGUUACUAAAAACAAGAAGAAAGCUACCAAGAGCUCAAGUCCUCGCGUGUCGCUACCCAAAGUUAUUCAAAACAAGUAUAGACUAAUUCGUAACAAAUGCUGGAAAUCCAAGAAUCUUACUUUGACGAAAAGUGGCAUCAACCGUUCCAUCAUCAAUCAUCGUUCCAUUGUUAGUCGUUCUGUGGUCAAUCGUAGCUUCACCAACUUCAAAUCCCCGGUUUGCAGGCCAAUGGCGCAUCACAGUAGUCGAUUGCAAAGGUUGGCUGUUGUAAUUAAGCCCAACAAGAGUAUCAAGAAGACCAAAACUACUAAGAGCAAGACACGGAAACGUUAUUAUGAUGACGAGGCAAAGACCAAACCAGAUGACGAAGUCCUUGAUGACGUGGAUGUGGAGAUCGCUGAAAAACCUUCGGGGCCUAAGAAUCGUACGCCGAUAGGUGCACUGCCUUCUUUCAUUACAUUAUAGAAACAGUUCUCCAUUAAAAUUGCAUAUUGUCUUGUUAAUACUACUCCAGUUCUCUGUUGAUCCACUUGGUUAUUUGAAACUGGUUACAAUUGUUUGCAUAGACAACGGUCUACGGCCAAAUGCUCAUUGAAAAAUCUCUUGUUCGAGUACCUGUUUUAAUUAUUCUAUUUUUUUUUUCCUGAAUUAACUGUACUUUUUUGUGCAAGAAGAAAAUACAAAUUGAUAAGUUUUCAACAAAAAAAUCAAUAUGUAUAGUUGGCCAAUAGAUUAGAGGCAUUUUAAAAAAUCCGCUGUGAAUGUUUUGAGUAGACUUGACUGACUUUUCUCGGGAAAAUUAUUCUCGUCCUUCGUGAAGAAUAUCCGAAGGGGUUUUCGUAGCCGUCCUUGAGAUUCGGGGAAUGAUGCGCAGUUUCUACAACUACACGCGGCUUUUGAGUUCGUUUUUAAACUCCUCCGGCUCUAAAUAGAGAUUAUUCUGAAACGCAAUAUUUUGGCUUUGAAAUGCAACAAUUUUGCCGCUAUAGUCUUUCGUUGCUUAACAACCGACUGGAGCGUGAUGGAAUGCUAGUUACUUAAUGUUAGACCGUUCAAAUUCAAGUCGAAAUCAUAAGAAAAUUGUAACUCCAGGAAUAACAUUUGGGUUGAUGACUAUCCUUCUGAAAAAAUAAACAACUGCUUAUUGUUUAAUAGCAACUAAUUCGACAAUUGACUUUGGCUUUAAGGUAUUCUACAGCGAUGUUUUCAAAUUCUGUAUUUGGGUAGGCUGACAGACUGAAGCGACGUGACUGGGCCGAACGCUAACAGCCGAAUGGGGGAUAUCAGUAUAAUGAACUCCUCCAGGGGACAGCAGGUUUAAUAGGUCUAGGGAUUGAACUAUGCUUGCAGUGAAUAUAGCUGGAGGUCGCAAGAUUUGGAAAUUUUUUUGAACCGUUGCUCUUCCUGUUCUGUUAGUUUUAACUCAAAUAAGGAAACAGGUCUUCAAGGUUUUUUCGCUGUAUAUGUACGAGGAUAAGAUGGCCUUUGCGUCAAUGCAAUCAGAUAUUUCAAUCGGAAUAUCUUUCGAUGGUUCAGCGGCCAUUCUUUCAAGUCUCGAAAAAAUAUUGUGAACGGUUCUCGCCUAAAAAUUGUCGUCGUCAGCAUUUCUGAAAAUAUAAGGUAUCAAAGGCCAUGGAGAAUAACUUAUUCAAGUAACUUGAGGCCCGAUGUUCGAUUGGCGCCUCUUAUCGCAUAAAGGAUAACUAGGUUGCGUGAUGUCAAAUCCUAAAUGCCCUAAAAACUUUGUGAAAAAUAUUUCGACAAGUAAAUGACAUGAAUGACAUAAAUUGAAUUGAAUUGAAUUUUCUGUCGUCUGCUGAGAUACAAAACUGCUGUGUAAUCGUAGCUGGCUGCAACGUGUCACGAAAGUAAAUCUAGAUAUUUUAUAUUGCGUUAGACGUCCAGUGCGUGCAUUUAUAAAAUAUCAACUUGUAUACUCACGACGAUUCACGAUUAAAAAAUAUCGUGAUCGAUAUUUGAGCUUGUCUAUAAAUGCAGGAGUCGCCACGUGCAAAGGCCUCUUUCCACACACAGCAGUCGAACUAGGAAGUUCUCCCAAUAUUCCAGCCAACUAACUCUCGUGUUUGCCACGGGGUUUUGUGUCAGGCUUAGAAAUAAGAAAA